ACCCACCCCUCCCUCUCCCACCCUCUCUCUCUCUCUGCCUCUCUCUGACAGCAAAUGCACAGUUGUAGGUUCUACACAAUCACACUCGGUGGUGCUGUUGCCUAAGGAGACCACUAUAUCCAUCCAGAACACAGCUGACACAGCUGAGUGCAUUGGUCAUAAAUUAAACAAGGAUGCACACAUAUCCUACAUGUGAAGCUAUAUAUAACAGUCUAUUAAGGUUGUCGUAUUGCUAUAAUUGCCUUAUUACUUUUACCAUAAAGAAGAAAACAAAUGCUUUUAAAGACUUAUUAUUUACUUAUUAUUAUUAUUCUGUGGAUAUUAGCUGCGUUUUUCAGAUAGAUUAUAUUUUUUUCUAGAUAUAAAACAUGGCUUUAUGCCUUUGCCAGAGCAUAGGCGUAUCAUUGAAUGGGACAGUUUUCUUCUGUUGUCACGCGAUACGACCAUCGGACAAACACUUUAUUCUGUAAUAGAGGAAAUGAGAAAGGGUGUGUUGGUGAUGUGGCAAAAGAUCUAGAAUUAAAUAUGAAGGGAGUUGGUCUGUGGUCAGGCACACCUUGUUAUCAAUGGAAAUAACCAAUACGUUGUGUUGAAUCAGAACAAAGGCCAUCUCAUUGUCAACAAAAAAAUAGACAGGGGGAAGGUGUGCGCCAAAGAAUCCUCAAUAUUCAAGGAAGCAAACAUAUUUUUCUUAGACAGGGCAGUCAAUCCGAUGGAGUUAAUCCUAAACUGAGCAAACAUGAAUUUAAACUGAUGGCCAUUGACGGUGGCGAGUCACAAAGGUCUGGAACUAAAAAAAUAAAAAUACAUUAUGGAUGCAAAUGAAGAUACCUAUACACCUCUUCAAAGCCUCUGUAUUAGAAAAUGCGCCAGAGGGAACUGUAAUAUCAAGUGUACUGCUUCUGAUUAAUCUUGGUUAGAUCUAUCUAACUGGAGAAAUAGAUUAGGAGGCAAGGCAAAGUUACGAUAUAAACCCAAAGACCAAAGACCAGGGUUGAUUAACUAGGGCGAGUAAAAUAAAUAUUGAGAUACUACAUGUAAAUGACAAUCGUCCGACAAUAAGUAUGACUCCAUUCUCAGGAAAACUAUCAGAGGAUUCGCCAAAUGGAACAGUUGUGGCAUUGAUGAGUGUAAAUGCCUCGGGUGGAAAUGGACAAGUGUGUUUAAUCAUGAUAGGCACCAACCUUCCUUUCGCGAUAAAAACAAUACUGAAGAUGACGACACAUUGGUGACUGAUAAAUAGCUGGGAAAAGGAUUCCGUGUGCAACAUUACUCUCGCCAUAUUAUCAACGAGAUGUUGCUUGUGACCUGUGUUAAUGACAUCUCACCCGUUUUUAGUCCUACAGAACUAAUAAUGAAGAAUGACUCCUAAUUUGUAAUAUUGUGUGGAUAAAAUGCACACGUUUCAUAUUUCAUUGUUAAUGGAGAUAUUUACGGAUACCCUUAUUCAAUGUAUUUAAUUAAUUGAUUCACUCAGUAUGUUCACUCGAUUAUGAAUAACUGAAAGGGUUUAAGAUAUAAGUUAGAGCUCAAGUAUAACUGUUACUGUUGUUACGAUGGUCCAGGACCAUGUCGACAACGCCCCUCAGGUUCUGUAUCCAGUCCAGACUGGUGGUUCUCUGGUGGCUGAUAUGGUACCUCGUUCAGCAGAUGUGGGCUAUCUGGUCACUAAAGUGGUGGCUGUUGAUGUGGACUCUGGACAGAAUGCCUGGCUCUCCUAUAAACUACAGAAAGCCACAGACAGGGCGCUGUUUGAAGUGGGCUUACAGAAUGGAGAAAUAAGAACUAUCCGCCAAGUCACAGAUAAAGAUGCUGUGAAACAAAGACUGACUGUUAUAGUUGAGGACAACGGACAGCCCUCUCGUUCAGCUACAGUCAUUGUUAACGUGGCGGUGGCGGACAGCUUCCCUGAAGUGCUCUCGGAGUUCACUGACUUUACACACGACAAGGAGUACAAUGACAACCUGACUUUUUAAUUAGUCUUGGCUUUGGCUGUAGUUUCCUUUCUCUUCAUCACGUGUUUAGUGGUGAUCAUAUCAGUGAAAAUCUACAGAUGGAGACAGUCUCUUAUCCUGUAUCAUUCCAGUCUCCCGGUGAUCCCAUAUUAUCCACCUCGUUACUCAGACACUUUGGGGACAGGGACUCUCCAGCACGUGUACAAUUACGAGGUGACAAUGGCUUAAAAAAGGGUGACAUUAAGUAAACACAAACUAUGGGUCAAAGCUUGGAGAGGGUUGAUGAAGCGGGUGCGCUGAAAACAGUUCGGAUGAGGGAGAAGUCCUCCGAAGGAUCCCAGAUGUCGACUCUGGUGAGUGGCCUCCACCACAAUGUUUAUUUUAAUAUUAAUCAGAAUAAUAAUUACAAUAAAACAUUGAUAAUACAUAAUUGUAAUCAUAAUUAUGAAUUAUAUAUAUUUAUUAUCAUUAAUAUUACUAGUAUCAUAAUUAUUAUUAUUUCAUUAUUUAAUAUACAUUAUUUUAUUAUUCUAUUUUUUUCUUCAAAUAGAACUAGUUAUUGUAUUCAUUUUGUUAUUUUCUCAACAACAUUUGUCUUACAAAAGUGUUUAAUAUCGCAGCGCGUUCUCCUUUUAGCAGUAUUAUUUCAGGACCUUGGACAGCGCUGUGUGUGCGUGUGUGUGUGUGUGUGUGUGUGUGUGUGUGUGUGUGUGUGUGUGUGUGUGUGUGUGUGUGUGUGUGUGUGUGUGUGUGCGUGUGUGUGUGUGUGUGUGUGUGUGUGUGUGUGUGUGUGUGUGUGUGUGUGUGUGUGUGUGCACGUAGCUGAGACGGUACUAUGAAUGAAUGUUUGUCCAAGGAAAGGGUCCCCGUCUCUUUUUUUAUUAUUGUAUCAUAUAAUAGAGCAGGUAGGAGCGUUGUUAUCGAAAUAUUUGUGCGUGCUUGCGCGUGUGUGUCUAGAAAUUCUGAGCGGAUAUGCAGUUUGAACUCUAAGUGACGCUGUUGACCAGGCAAAGAUUUUAUUCCAACAUUGUCGGUCAGUAUUUUUCGCUUCUGCACAUCGAGCUUCGACAUGAAGGGAGAGGUCUUGGUAGAAGGAACACGGCGAAGAAUCGCGAGGCCUAGAUGCGUUUUUUCUUUCGACGCUCUUUAGGAUUAGGCUACAAUAUUUGGAUUAUAUAACAGAGGCCAGAUUUCUUUAUUUUUUGUCUGGAUCGUGGAUUUAACAAUGAGAAAUCAAGUAUCUCUCCGACGACCGUCUGCAUUAUGGCGACCAUGUUUUGGACUGCGACUGAAACUCGAUCUGCUGAUUUUCUUCCUUUACAUCGUUAAUAUUGUAGACUGUCAACUCCGGUACUCAAUCCCCGAAGAGAUGAAAAAAGGAUCUCAUAUUGGUAAUGUCGGCCAAGAUUUGGGUUUGGAUCUGCAAAGGCUUCGUAAAGGCCGAGCGCGCAUCCUGACCGGAGAAACUCCCCAGUACGUUGAGCUCAAGACAGACAAAGGGAUUUUAGUUGUGAACGAGAGAAUAGACCGAGAGCAGCUUUGCGGCGAUAUCACACCGUGCAGCUUCAGCUUCGAAAUCAUUCUGGAAACCCCUAUGGAAUUGCAUCGCAUCAUCGUGGAAGUUUUAGAUGUAAAUGACCAGUCACCUGUCUUCCCCGCUAAAGAUAUUAAUUUAGAGAUCAGUGAGGCAGCUAUUCUUGGAUCGAAAUUUUCCCUGAUCAAUGCGGAGGACUCUGAUGUCGGGAUAAAUACACUUCAGAAUUACGUUUUGACCCCUAGCGAUCAUUUCAUAUUAAAACAGCAAACCAAUACGGAUGGGAGUAGAUACGCUGGAAUGAUUCUUCAAAAAACACUAGAUAGAGAACAGAACGAACACAUGUCUUUAAAGCUAGUCGCAGUAGACGGUGGAACUCCCCAGAGAUCCGGUACAGUCAAUAUACAUAUCACUGUGCUAGAUAAUAACGAUAACGCCCCAGUGUUUAACCAAUCAGUAUACACCGCAACAGUGAUAGAAAACGCGUCAUUGGGCACCCGGGUUGUUACUUUAAAUGCAACUGACGCAGACAGUGUCUCCAAUGGUAUAAUAACGUAUGGUUUCGCCCAAGUCAAGGAAAAUAUAGCUAACACGUUUGUGAUAGAUGAGAAGACGGGGGUUUUAUCUGUUUCUGGAAAUAUCGAUUUUGAGAAGGACAAAAAGUUUGAGGUAAGAGUUGAGGCGAGGGACCAGGGUGGUUUAACAGAUACCAGUAAAGUUAUUAUUGAGGUUUUUGACAUUAAUGAUAAUGCGCCCGUUAUUAAUAUCAUGUCAUUUUCCAACCCUGUUUCAGAAGAUUCACCUCAAGGGACCACAAUUGCUAUUAUCAAUGUGAAGGAUUCGGAUUCAGAGAGAAACGGACACUUAACAUGUACUAUCGAUGCUAAACUGCCAUUUGAAAUCCUGUCAUCGUUGACAGAUUAUUUCAGUUUAGUAUCUGAUUCCAGUUUCGACCGAGAGAUUUCUCCAGAAUACAACAUCACAAUAACAGCCACAGAUUCAGGGUCACCUCGCCAAUCUUCCUUCUUGACACUGAGACUAACUCUAUCUGAUGUAAAUGACAAUGCACCAGAGUUUGCUCAGCAAAGCUACGACGCUAUUGUCGCAGAGAAUAACUCUCCUGGUUUAUCGAUAUUUACUCUAAGUGCAAAAGAUUCCGACUGGAAUCAAAAUGCAAGAAUAUCCUAUUUCUUAGAAGACACUCGUGUGGGUGGUACAAGUAUCUCUACUUAUGUAUCUAUCAACUCUGAAACUGGGGUCCUGUAUUCUGUACGCUCUUUUGACUACGAGCAGAUUAAAGAUUUUCAGUUCCGGGUUAAAGCUCAAGAUGGAGGCUCCCCUCCCCUCAGUAGUAAUGUGAGUGUGAAAAUACUGAUCCAGGACCAGAACGACAACGCCCCUCAGGUUCUGUAUCCAGUCAAGACUGGUGGAUCUCUGGUGGCUGAAAUGGUGCCUCGUUCAGCAGAUGUGGGCUAUCUGGUCACUAAAGUGGUGGCUGUUGAUGUGGACUCUGGACAGAAUGCCUGGCUCUCCUAUAAACUACAGAAAGCCACAGACAGGGCGCUGUUUGAAGUGGGCUUACAGAAUGGAGAAAUAAGAACUAUCCGCCAAGUCACUGAUAAAGAUGCAGUGAAACAAAGACUGACUGUUAUAGUGGAGGACAACGGACAGCCCUCUCGUUCAGCUACAGUCAUUGUUAACGUGGCGGUGGCGGACAGCUUCCCUGAAGUGCUCUCGGAGUUCACUGACUUUACACACGACAAGGAGUACAAUGACAACCUGACUUUUUACUUGGUCUUGGCUUUGGCUGUGGUCUCCUUUCUCUUCAUCACGUGUUUAGUGGUGAUCAUAUCAGUGAAAAUCUACAGAUGGAGACAGUCUCGUAUCCUGUAUCAUUCCAGUCUCCCGGUGAUCCCAUAUUAUCCACCACGGUACUCAGACACUUUGGGGACAGGGACUCUCCAGCACGUGUACAAUUACGAGGUGUGCAGGACCACUGACUCCAGGAAGAGUGACUGUAAGGUCGGCAACGCUGGUAGUCAGAACGUUCUGAUAAUGGACCCCAGUUCUACAGGGACCAUGCAGCGAAUGCAGAUUGAAAAGAGCAUCCUGGAUGAACCAGACUCUCCACUGGAGCAAAAGCCUCCCAACAACGACUGGCGCUUCACCCAGGGUCCGAGACCUGGACCUAGCGGUCCUCAAAUGCCAUACGCCACACACAUACGAUGGACAACGAAGGAUGGCACAAGGGCUGCUGGAGGACCCGAGGUUGCCAUGGGAACCGGCCCCUGGCCCCAGCCUCCUACCGAGGCCGAACAGCUCCAGGCCCUGAUGGCGGCCGCCAACGAAGUGAGUGAGGCCACUGGCACCCUGGGACCCGGCACCAUGGGACUGAGCACGCGCUACAGCCCCCAGUUCACCCUGCAGCACGUCCCCGACUACCGGCAGAACGUCUACAUCCCGGGCAGCACCGCCACCCUGACCUCUAACCCCCAGCAGCAGCUGAUGCAGCAGCAGCAGCAGCAGCAGCAGCAGCAGCAACAGCAGCAGCAGCAGCAGCAGCAACAGCAGCAGCAACAGCAGCAGCAGCAACAGCAGCAGGCGGCUGCCCAGCAAGCCCCACAGCAGGCCCUGCCCCCAUCCCAGGCCUCUGCCCAGGUGGAGCCCCCCAAGGCGGCCCAGACCCCCGCCUCCAAGAAGAAGUCCACCAAGAAGGAGAAGAAGUAGGAAGAUGGAUGGAGGACGAGGGGAAGGCGGCUGGAGGAGGCGAUGCAGUCCCCAGCCUCCUCGACCACUGAUGAUGGAUCGUGAAAAAAAGAAAGAAAAAGGAACAAAAAAAAAAAAACUUCCCUCACUGCCCCCGCAACCCACCCCUGCUCCCCUCCCAGCCAGGGCAGCUGAUUGCUCUGCUGCCCCCGCCCUCACCCAAACCCGCCCGCUCUCACCCACCAACCGAUUUACAAAUCACGCGGACACCGUUGGGUGGGUUCUUUGUAAAGUGUCUCUGGAAGAGCCUUGAGGAAGUUGAAUGUGCUUGAAGGCUGUCGUAUAUAUUUACUUGUCGGAGAACGGUGUCCCUUUGGCAGCGCUUUCUCCUCGUAUUGCUCGUGUAAUCAUUGAUGGUAAACAAGUCUAUUCUUUUGUGGGGGGGAAGGGGGGAGGGGGUUGUGGGUGUGACAGGUUGCUGUAUUUGAUGUCCAAUUCAAAAGAGCUUGGUGUUCGCUACCUACGAACAGGCCGGCUGUGAGGAGCCUCACGGCGCCGUCCAGGGUGUACCCAGUGGUGUAUUCAGAGAUGAAGAUUUGUGGCGUGUUUUCAAGUAGGAUUUGUUACACUCUUUCCCUAGAUGGAAAACAGCCAUCUAUUGUAAAGUACGCUAGAUUGCCACUUGAUUACUCCUACGUAGGCUCUACUAUGUAGGAUUAGGGGGGGACAAAAAUCACAAACACGCAACUCCUAUACUUGCUAUUGUUUGAACAGGUAUUAAUCGCUCUGCUUGCAUGCUGUUUUUAGGUUCAAACCACGUGUAUUUUAAAUGGUUGCAAAACUAUGCAUCGCAAAAGCAAGGAGGACGUCUUUAGUCUUAUGUCCCUCCGUCCAAAAACGCAGGUCAACACGAUGCACACGUAGCAUUUACUUGACAAUAAAUACAGGGGGGAGCGGGGACACACUUUUGUAAGCAUAGUGAAAAAAUAAAAUGAGACUUUGAUCUCAGGCGAUUUCUAUGACUAUCCGAGCAUGUUCCCUUAGGAAGGUUCUGUCAGAGGGCUCUGUGGGCAGGACCUUGGGUUGUUCCUCAGAGCUAGCGGAGGAACACUAGCAUUAGCCUACGCUAACAAACAAACCCUCCGUCCCUCAACCUUCCAGACCCGCUUGUAGGCCCCCCCCCUCCCCCGCCUCUUGUGGCGGCCACAGUCUUAGAGCCAAACGAUAAGAAACGCACUGUUAGUAUGAUAAACCAUGAGAUGACAUAGGGGUAGUAAUCACUUCAGUCUUUAGGGGAUAAACAACAUGUAGACGUUUUCAGAUGAAGAAAAAAAAAAACGAUGUUCGUGCUUAGGAGUUUCUAGAACUCUUGCAGGCUGCUAGGGCCUCUACUGAGUACCCCUCUCCCCCCCUCCCCCCCCCAACACCCACACGCCUCCCCCACGACUUCCCCUCGACCCUAAAGUGCUGGUAGUAUCUCCUGACACGAGACAACUCUCCCUCGUUUUUCUUUUUAAAAAGAUAAGCUUGAUAGCGUAGAGGUUGUCGUUUAUACCAGAAGACAUGAAGUGGUUCUUUCUCGCCAUAUUGUCUGUCCGCCAAGAGACCACGGCUGGACGCCACUGCAUGACUAGAUGAAGGUGUCGUGGAGAGGGUUGAGCUGUCAGGGGGGAACGCUUUGGGGUAGCAGGAUUAGGGUGAGACUAAGGAGUUAGACUCAAACCUGGUUCUCGCGUGCUGAAAGUAGUACCCCGGUUCAGCCGCUGACCUCCCGCUUGGCUACCUUUAAUGCGCUGAGCCACAUAUAGCUCAGCACAUCGGCCCAUGUUGGAGAGGAGGGUAAACCACUUGAGGAUCAAGCAGCGAGGGGUGGUUCAGUCCUCCUUGGUAAUCCACCCUUACAUCCACAUUGUAAUGCCAAGCUCAGGCGCUCUACCACUUAGUCCAACCCUCUGGUUCUGUGGAGGCUCUUCCCCUCUGUAAAUAAACACACGUCCUGUCGAUGGUAUGAGCCAGUUGUAUAGUAGGGACCACGUCCAGCGUUUUCAAAAUAAGAGUCCCCCCCCCAUCCACAAGACGUGGCUUACUACUGGAAUGUGUUGCAUUUUUUUUUUCACAGUAAAAAAAAUAAGUUGAAAACCACAGUAUAAAAAGAAAAAGAUAAAAAGAAUAAAAAUCUGAGAUGUUCUUAAACAGUUUGUGUUGCAAUGUAGUAACUAAGCACCAUGGAAGCCAACUAACUUUUCAGUGUAAAUAAAUGAAUUAAAAUGACGAUAACUUUAGAUGAUAAGUAUACAAAGUGACACGCGUAGACUAGUUAACUCUUGAUAUGUGUUGCGCAUAUUUUUGUGUUCAUUUUCUCUCUAUUAUCUAUUUUAUCACCCUGUAAAGAAAAGAAACCACAAAAAAAUAUAUUGGAAAUGUUUCUAUCCUUCUGUAACCUCUUUAUGUUCUUUUGCUGUGAUUUUAUCUUGUGCAUUUGUGAAAGAAUGCCUCUUUCUGUCCAUAUGAACAAACAACUAUAAAUAUUAUAUGUGUAAGUCUGUCCGCUGCGGAAUUAAUCCUACUCUAUCCUGCUGUAUUAUCUUUCUUAUAAAUGCUUAGCCCCCACGCUAUACCCCUGUGUUAUUCUCUUAUUUUGAUGCUAAUAUUUAUAUUGCUGUUUUAUUUUCUCUUGAACACUGACAUUUCAAAUAAAAGAUUCAUUUUAAAAGCUA